UUGCAUUGGCCAAGUGUGUGGACCACUCUCGAAGCGGCAACAACUCGAGGAAAGGGAAAAAUGAAACUAUUCGUCGCGCUCUCCGUUCUGGUGGCUGUGGCAUCGGCCCUGCCCCAAUUUGGUGGCGGCAACGCCAACGCCAAUGCGAAUGCCAACGCGAAUGCCCAAGGCUUCGGAGGCGGCGGAUUCGGAGGUCGUCCUGGAUUCGGAGGCGGUCCUGGAUUCGGAGGUGGCGGCUUUGGAGGUGGCCCUGGAUUCGGCGGUGGCGGAUACAGAGGUGGCCCAGGAUUCGGCGGUGGCCCCGGAUUCGGCGGUGGUGGCUUUGGAGGUGGCCCAGGAUUCGGCGGCGGCGGAUUCGGAGGUCGUCCUGGAUUCGGAGGCGGUCCUGGAUUCGGAGGCGGCGGCUUCGGAGGACGUCCUGGCGGCGGUUUCGGAGGCGGCGGCGGCGGUGGCGGAACUGCUUCCGCGUCGUCCUCCUCCUCGGCGUCUGCUGGUGGUGGCGGUGGACGAGGUGGUGGCGGCUCUGCCAGCGCCUCUUCUUCCUCUUCCGCUUCGGCGGGUGGCGGCGGAUUCCGCGGCUAGACCAAGCCAAAAACUACCUGAGAUUAAGCCUUAAGAAAUGACUGUGAAUAAAACAUUAUUAAAUUUAAAGAAAAAUA